UCACAAGGCCCCCGGCCGCCGGCGCCCUGCGGUGCGCGCCCCGCGCGGGACCCGCCGCCCUCCCGGCGCCGCCACCCGGGCGCGCCCGCGCGCGUGCCCGGCCCCGCCUGGAAGCCGCGGAAGAUGGCGAGCCCGGCGCCCCCGGAGCCCGCGGAGGAGGGAUGCCCGGCUCCGGCGGCCGGGGAGCAGGCACCGCCGCGGGCUCCCCGCGAAGGGCAGCAGGAGGAAGCGCAGGGCGGAGGGGCGGCGGCGGCCGGCGCGGGGCGGCAGGUGGCGGAGGCCGCGGGCUGGGUGGCCGCCCCCGGGACCUGGCUGCUGCGGGAGCCCGUGCUGUGGCUGGGCGGCUGCGCCGGCGAGCUCCUGAGCUGGAAGAGGCCGCUGCGCAGCCUGCUCGGCUUCGUCGGGGCCAACCUGCUGUUCUGGUUCCUCGCAUUGACACCGUGGAGAGUGUAUCACCUGAUUUCCGUCAUGAUACUGGGCCGUGUUAUUAUGCAAAUAAUAAAGGAUAUGGUUUUGUCUAGAAUGAGAGGUGCACAGUUGUGGAGAAGCCUCAGUGAAAGCUGGGAAGUCAUCAAUUCCAAACCAGAUGAAAGACCCAGGCUCAGCCACUGUAUUACAGAAUCAUGGAUGAAUUUCAGCAUAUUUCUCCAGGAAAUGUCUCUUUUUAAACAGCAGAGCCCUGGCAAGUUUUGUCUCCUGGUCUGCAGUGUGUGCACAUUUUUUACAAUCCUGGGAAGUUACAUUCCCGGGGUUAUACUCAGCUAUCUACUGUUGCUGUGUGCAUUUUUGUGUCCACUGUUUAAGUGUAAUGAUAUAGGACAAAAAAUAUACAGCAAAAUCAAGUCAGUUCUGCUGAAACUAGAUUUUGGAAUUGGAGAAUAUAUUAAUCAGAAGAAACGUGAAAGAUCUGACGCAGAUAAAGACAAAAGUCACAAAGAUGACAGUGAAUUAGACUUUUCAGCUCUUUGUCCUAAGAUUAGCCUCACGGUUGCUGCCAAAGAGUUAUCUGUGUCUGACACAGACGUAUCUGAGGUCUCCUGGACUGACAAUGGGACCUUCAACCUUUCGGAAGGAUACACUCCACAGACAGACACUUCUGAUGAUCUUGACCGACCUAGUGAGGAAGUUUUCUCUCGAGACCUUUCAGAUUUUCCAUCUCUAGAAAAUGGCAUGGGAACAAAUGAUGAAGAUGAAUUAAGCCUUGGCUUGCCCCCUGAGCUCAAGAGAAAAAAGGAUCAGCUGGACGGUGCUCUCAGACCGGGCAGAGAGAGGCAGUCAGCAGCUGGUCUCACUCUUCCUCUGAGCAGUGACCAAACCUUUCACUUGAUGAGCAACCUGGCUGGGAACGUCAUCACAGCCGCAGUGACCGCUGCCAUCAAAGACCAGUUAGAGAGUGUCCAGCCGGCUCUUUCCCAGGCCACGCCCAGCCCAGGAGAGGACACAGACACCGAAGAAGGUGAUGACUUUGAACUACUUGACCAAUCAGAGCUCGAUCAAAUUGAGAGUGAAUUGGGACUUUCACAAGACCAGGAAUCAGAAGCCCAGCCAAUUAAGAAGUCUUCAGGCUUCCUUUCAAAUCUGCUCGGAGGCCAUUAGUUUGAGAAUCAACUUGCACAACAGAGCAGAGAUAAACUACCAAAAAAUUUCAAACAAGCAAAAAAAAAAAAAAAAAAAGGAAAAAGAAAAAAAAUUUUUGAACUGUGAGCUUUACUGAUUAGUUUUUUGUCUUACUUUUCCCUUCUGCAGUGAAUUAAUUGGAUAUAUAUCAGCUCAUACUGAUAGACUGACAUUUCUGAUAGUUAUUUUUAUGUAAUAAGCAUGGACAUGAACUUUAUAUAUAUAUAUAUAUGCACAUACUUUAUAUAUAUAUAUAUAAAUACACACACAUAUACAUACUGUAUUGUCAGAGGUGAAUAUUAUAAGUUUUUAAAGCAAAAAGAAAACACCAAAUUUUUGAGAUCCUCCUAAAAUAUUUAUUUUUUCUUGACAAUUUCUCAAGCAUGCAAAAGUUUAUUGUAACUCACUGAUAUAUUAACAAUUUAUUGUGAACACAUGCUGUAUCAGCCCAUUUGUUCCUAAUACUUGGAAAUAAUGAAAAAUUUUGGUAGAUUUGAUGUAAAAAGAAUAAUUAUCAAGGUAUUUUUAUUUGGAGGACUUGGGAAAUGCUAUCAAAAUUAAUUUCCUGGAAAAAAAUACUUAAAUAUAUGUAACAACUUCGGAUAGGCUGAUACAUUUCCAUGUUGUUUCUGCAGUUAUAGACUUAGGCUUGUAAAUGGCAUGCUCCAUUGACUGCCAGCUCUAGUCUUGCAGUGGGUGGUAUUAGCCCAUAGAAAGCAAGUAAUUAUAUAUCACACAGACAGUGGUUUUGAUGUAAACAGGGUUUGGACUGUGAUUUGUUGUUCACUGGUCAUAUAUUUAUAAUAGGCAUGUUUUGAGUGCAGACCUAUUCUGCCUGCUCAGAGCGAGGUUAAAUCUUUCUUUAUCUUUCAUAUUAUGUCAUGGAAAAGUCUCUUAAAAUUGUGAAACUAGAUCCUGGUAUGUUCUAUGAGUGACAUUGUCAUCAGCAGUAGAGAAACCAUAAGUGUUUUUGUAGUCUGUACAGACUCUCCUAAAGAGAAACUUGCUUAGCUUUAAAGUAUAUUUAUUUGCAAUGAAUCUAAAUAUGUAAUCUGUUUCUCGUUGGGAAGGUAGAAUAUAUUUUUCCUUUUAACUUUUUAGAUCACCUUUAAAUAACCAAAUUUGACUUACAUUUUUAACAAAGGACUAAAGAGCAGAAAUCAAGCUAACUUGUUUUUGUGAUACAAACUUUUAAUAGUGUUGAGGGACCAUGUCAGCAACUACCAACAAUCUCUUCAAUCAUCAGGUACAGCUGGCAUUUCUGCAGAUGCACAGAGACAUCUGAGACCCUCAGAAAGGAAGGAUGAUCCAGGAAUAUAGGAAAUCUGUGGUCCCCUCCCUUCAUUUUAUCCCAUUCCUUCUAUUUCUAAAGACUAAUUAUAGGUAAUCUGACAUUUUAAUGUAGCAUCUAUUAUUUAUUUUUUCUUUCUGAGGUAUUAAAAUAUCUAGACUGAAUUUUGCCAAAUGUUAAAGGGAGAGGAGUUCCUGAGGACUUUAUGUGACUGACUGGGCUUAUAUGUCAUUAGUGUCUCAUGACUGUGUUCUUUAUCCUUUAUUGAUACAAAGUGAGGCUGUGCCUUCAUUAUCUUGCCCAUUUUGGUACAAAUGGACACCUGGUGUUAGAUCUAUGAACUGUGUGGGUUUCAGAGGAAUAUACCUGAAUUCUAUUCAAUGCGAGUUUCUGGACAGGAAGAAAAAUACAGUCACAUAUUUAUAAACUUGUUACCAGGAUUCUUUUUUUUUUUCACGUGUAUGUUUCUUCACUUAAAAAAUAUUCCUACCAUGAUGUCAAAACGUUUAAAGGUCAUUUCAACUUUUUCACUGAGGGGAAAACAAGAAGUUAAAGAAUCCAAGUAAUUAAAGAAUGUGUUACAAGUCACUGGACAAGCUUAUAAGAAGAUAAAGAGUUGAUGGUAUGAACAAUAAAGCUGGAAUGAAAUAUGAACUAUAAAUAGCAGCUUGGGAGGGGAAGGUUGAUAGGGUAAAAAAAUGUGUUACCAGCACUAUGGAGGAGACAUACCAGCUCUCUAUGGGCAGUAACAACCACCAUAUAUGUACUUCAGUAGUGUUUGUUCAAAAAUAUAUAUGAUCACAAAUUUGCGCAAUGCAAAAAUGAUAUUCAUAAUUCAAACAAACAGGGAAGUUAAGGGUUUUUAUUUUUGGGGGGAGGUGCAUUAUAUAUAAUCCUGUUGCUGGUUUUAAAAUAUAGUAACAAUAAACACUGUGAGAUUGGUCAGGUAUGGUGGCGGACUAUAUAUACCUUACUGAGUAUGAGAAUGAGAGGCAUUUCAAAGGUGAUGCAUAGACUUUUUUAAAUUAUAGAGGAGCUGAAGAAAAAUGUUUUGCUUUCUUACUGUAGAAAAUGGUGAGAGCCAUACAAUGGGAAUAUCAUACACUGGUCAUGCAUUUUGAUCUGCUACCAUAAAGCAGGGCUGCAGAAGUUCAGGGUUGCUUUUGGAAGGUUAAUCCAGGUUUAAAGCAGUGCUUAUAUUUUUAUUCUAAAACAUCUUUGCUUUUUUCUUACCUCUAAGAAUCUUCAGAAGUGAUUUAAAAAAAAAAUGCCCCUCCCUACUUCAGCGACUAUUAGGAUAGGAAAAGAAACUUUGGUAAGGUUUUGCAAUUGGCAAACACUCUCAACAUUUUUGAGGGUCUCAUUCUUAGAUUUGAAGCAAGUGUGACUUUCUUUUUAAAAAGUGGCAAAGGCCAGCAUGCUGACUUGAGGCAAGGAGCAAAUCUACAUUUAAGAAAAUAGAUUUAAAUGUGUUCCUUUUCUGUUUAUCAUUUAAGUUGAUGUAGUUCUCCUCACUCUUCCAGCUAUGUCAGUUAUAACAGGAAAUUAUUUUGAAAACCCUUACUGCACUGCUGAUGUCAUAGGUCUUUUGAAUCACGAUGAAGUUGGAAAAGUCUCAGGCUAUAUUUUUGUGCUUUACUUCUCCAUUUCCACUGCAGCAUUUAAAUUAGGAUUAAAUGUCAGAAAUAUAUAUGAGUUCUGGUUCUGAUGUAAUACCAUGGCCCUAGGACACAAUGUCAAAGUCACAUAACAUCCCCAAAAGACCACCUCAGUUUCUCUAAACAUAAAAUUAGGAAGCUAAUUUUUACUCUUCUUACUGUUCCGCAAAGCAUUUUCAGGGGGAAAAAGGCUAUGUAAGACCAAGAAAGUGAUUUUUUUUCCUGCCUAUAUUUCAAGUAAGCCAUCUUUUUAAGCAUUUAAAAGAAGUCAAGUAUGUGCUUACAAGAAAACUGAUUUUGUAAGUGGCCUCGUAAUCCAAGAAAUGUUGUGGAAUAAAAGGAUGGAAAAUGUUUUUAAAAUUUCUGUUAUUUCAGUUGA